AUGUCACAUCCAUCAUCUACACCACCAUUCACUCAAAGACCUUCAAAGUAUCAGUAUCAGAGUGGAUUCGGUAACACAUUCGAGUCAGAGGCAAUCAAGGGUUCACUGCCCUAUGGCCAGAACACUCCUCAAAACUGUCCCUACGGACUCUACGCCGAACAACUCUCUGGCAAUGCAUUCACCGUACCCAGAGCCACUCAACAAAGAUCAUGGUUAUAUAGGAUACGCCCAUCAGUUGUACAUACACCAUUGGUACCAUUCACUCAACCAACAUUGAUGACAAGCAACUAUGAUACGAUCAAUCCAAAUCAGUUGCGUUGGAAGCCAUUCCCAAUUGCUGAGAAGGAGCACGACUUUAUUGAUGGCAUGAUUACGAUUGCUGGCGCAGGCCAUCCUUCAGUGCGCCAUGGCAUUGCCGUGCACAUCUACACGGCCACCAAGAGCAUGGGCGACAAGUCGUUCUACAACUCGGACGGCGACUUCCUCAUCGUGCCCCAGCAGGGCACGCUGGACAUUCAGACAGAGUUUGGCUUCCUCGAGGUGCACUCGGGCGAGAUCUGCGUCAUCCAGCGCGGCAUCGUCUUCUCGGUCAACGUCAGCGGACCAAGCCGUGGCUACAUCCUCGAGAUCUUUGGCUCGCACUUCCGUCUCCCGGACCUCGGACCAAUCGGCGCCAACGGACUGGCCAACCCACGCGACUUCCUCUCGCCAGUGGCUGCCUUUGAGGAGCGUGAGUGCAACCAUGUAAAGAUCAACAAGUUUGGAGGCAAGCUCUUCACCUCGACCCAGACCAACUCCCCUUACAACGUCGUCGCAUGGCAUGGAAACUACUGUCCCUACAAGUACGACCUUAACCUCUUCUGUGCAGUUAACUCUGUAACAUUUGAUCACAUGGAUCCAUCAAUCUUCACAGUGUUGACAGCACCAACUAAUGAGCCAGGUGUUGCUGCAGCAGACUUUGUGAUCUUCCCACCAAGAUGGAUGGUUCAGGAGAACACCUUCCGUCCACCAUACUAUCACCGCAACUGUAUGAGCGAGUUCAUGGGUCUGAUUCGUGGCGUCUACGAGGCCAAGAAAGAGGGCUUCUUGCCAGGUGGUGGAAGCCUCCACUCGUUCAUGACCCCACACGGUCCCGACGCCGACACAUUCAACGCCGCCAUCAAGUCCGAGCAGAAGCCCACCAAGAUCCCCGACGUCGCUCUUGCCUUUAUGUUUGAGUCGUCGCUCAUCCUCGGCAUCUCAGAAUAUGCCAACAAGAACUACAUCGACGACGACUACUGGAAGUGCUGGCAACAGUGCAACUCUCACUUCCAGCCACCAAAGCAGUAA